AUGACAAGCACGGAUUGGGCCCUGUCCGCCCCAUGGAUCUGGGUACCGCACUACCUGGAAGAGGACAACCAGCCCGGACGAUAUUUUCUUUUCCGCAAAACCUUCCAAUGGCCUGGCACCGCUCGCAAUGACCACGAAUACCUCGUGCACGUUUCCGCCGAUAGUCGAUAUCGCCUGUUCGUCAACGGGCGCAGCGUCAGCUUCGGCCCCUGCAAAUCGCAUCCCGGCAAGUGGUACUACGAGACGGUGGACAUUCGCCCGUACCUCGUCGCCGGUGCCAACGUGGUCAGUGCCCGGGUUCUACGCUACUCGAGUAUCGUGGCCGGCUCGUCCUCGAUCGUCAGCUCGCCGUUGCCGGGGUUCAUGCUCUAUUCGGCCAGGGAGGAUAUCCCAAUUUCCAGCGAUGUGUCGUGGAGAUGCUGGGAGCAGAAGUCCGUGCAGGUCAUUCCGCACGCGGAGUGGAAUUUCCUGCUCGGGCCGCCGUUCAUGGCGAACAAUGAGCGGGUCGAGGAGGAUCCGGCCCUGCGUGGUUGGCUAGACGCUGGAUACAAUGACUCCGCAUGGGAGUCUGCUCUCGUGCAGUCGAACGCGGUCAAGAUGAUGCCCAUCGUGAGCCAUUGGCAGCUUAGCCCGCGGCCAAUCCCUGCUCUGCCGGAGAUACCUUGCAAUUUUGAUGGAGUCACCAAGUCUUCUGGGGCAAUUGCAACGGAGGAUUGGGAAGCGCUAUUAUCUGCUGGUCAGCCUGUCGUCGUCCCGGCGGGUGAGAGCGUAACGGUCGACGUGAGCGUGGACAGCCUCAUGACUGCUUUCAUCAACCUGGCGUUCAGUGGAGGGUUAGGCACGAGCAUCACAGUGCUGUAUGCGGAGUGCUAUGAGAAGGACCUAGGGGUGGAUACCGCUCCUUUCCCCAUGCCACGAACCAAAGCCAACCGCGCGGACGUCAGCGGUCGUCUCUACGGGCCGAGGGACUAUUACACCGUCACGGCGGGCCAGGAGACGCACUCGUUCGAGCCAUUCUGGUUCCGCUGUUUUCGCUACGUGCAGAUCAAGAUCGUCACGGCCGACCAGCCGUUAACCCUGAGCCGGAUCUCCCUGCGUGAGACAUCGUACCCACUGGACAUCCAGACGAAGAUCCAAGCCGGGGACGAACUUACCAAGAUCUGGGACAUAAGCCUCCACACCCUCAAGAACUGCCGCCAUGAAACCUUCGAGGACUGCCCCUUCUACGAGCAAAACCAGUUCGCAUCCGACUCGCGGCUGCAGAUGCUCUUCAACUACCAACUCUCGCCGGACGACCGCCUAGCCCGCAAGACCAUGGAGGAGUUCCACGCCAGCCGCACCGCCGACGGCCUCAUCAUCGCCCAAUACCCCACGGGGCUCCCUCUCAAACAGAUCCCGCAGUUCUCCCUCUACUUCAUCCUGAUGGUGCACGACCACAUGCGGUACUUCGGCGACCGGACUCUCGUCCGCCGGUAUUUGGGGACGGUCGACAGCAUCCUGGACCACUUCUCGCAGCGCCUCGACAGCCGGGGGCUAGUCGGGCAAUUCGCGCCGAACACCUGGCCCUUCGUCGACUGGGUCAAAGAAUGGCUCGUGCCCGGCCAAAUAUUCAAAUCGUGCAUGCCACCCGCCUACCACUCCCGCAGCGCCGGGGCAGCGACCAUCAACAGCCUCCUGUACGCGAUGACCCUCCUGCACGCGCACUGCCUCGGCCGAAGGGACGGGCUGUACACCGACGGGCCCGGCGUCGAGGAGUACAGCCAGCACACGCAGAUCUUCGCCAUUUUGUCGGAGACAAUCACGGGGCCGGACGCCGCGAGCCUCCUGCGCCGGUGCGUCGAGGACACGUCUCUUCCGCAGUGCUCUUACGCGAUGAAAUUCUACGUCUUCCGCGCCGCCGAGAAGGCCGGCGUCUACGCGGACGUGUUCCACCGCCUCCUCGAGCCGUGGCGCGCCAUGAUGGCGGAGAAUUUGACGACGUGGGCUGAGGACGACGUCAAUGCCCGCAGUGAUUGUCAUGGCUGGAGUGCUUGUCCCGUCAAUGAGCUGGUCACGCAGGUGUUCGGCGUGACGCCGGUGGCGCCGGGGUUGGAGGGAGUGCGGAUUCGGAUCGAGCCGCGAAGGGAGCUGGUGGCGCAGGCAGAGGCGUGGUUGUGGACGCCUGCUGGGGAGGUGAAGGUGGCUUGGGGGAGGGAUAGGCCGGUGGAGGUGGAGGCGAGGGCGCAGGUUACGGUUGAGGUUGUUGCGGGGGGGAGGACGGCGGUUGUUGAGUUGGCGCCGGGGAGGGUGGUUAGGGUUUAG